UCUUGCUGGAGCGAGUUCGGCGGGAUGCAAAUUGAUCAAUGUCGGAGCUGAAGAUCUUCUCAAGGAAAAGCGCAACCUGGUCCUAUCCCUUCUAUCUCAACUAGUCAAGAUGGCUCUUCUGGACAAAGUGCAUGUCACGCGCACACCUUCACUGUGUCAGCUGGUCGACUCAAACAUCGGAGAGACCCUCGAGGAUGUCAUGAACAUGCCAACAGAACAGCUUCUGAUCCGAUGGGUGAAUCAUCAUCUAGACAAUGCUAAGAAGGGCGAAAUGCAGAUAAACAAUUUUGGAGAAGAUAUAAAAGAUGGGAAAGUUUACAUUUAUCUAUUGUCUCAGCUAGUGCCAGAGAUCGUGAAACCUGAAGAAAUUGCGGAUGAUGCAGAGCGUAGGUACGAAGCCACGCUGUCUGCAAUAGAGCAGAUUGGACUUGAAAGGCUCAUUGGACCCCAGGACAUCGCCAAUGGAGAUGCGCGCCUCAAUCUAGCCUUUGUUGCGGCAUUGUUUGAUUGUCGGUCGGGAUUGCAUGUGCCAAGCACAAGUAACAUGGCCGAUAUACAACUGGCACAUCAGGAACUGGAACAAGAGGUCCUGCAACUCAAGAUUCGCCGUGUUAAAGAUAUCACAAAGAAGUAG